UAUAUUUUGUAUCCUAGAUUUCUGUGUUCAUACUUUAUAUUAUGCAGUUUUAAUUAUAGUAUAUUUAUAUUAUACAUUAAACACAGCAAGUUCUAAUUACACAGAAUAGAAAUAAUAUGCAAUUAUUAAAAAUCUGUGGUAACUUAAUAAAUUAAUCAUUUUUUGCCAUAAUAAUAUACUGCAUGUCGUCUAUGGAAUUAUGAAUAGAGAAUAAUAAAUAAUCAGUUUAUUUAGUAUUCGUUUGUAUAGACUACACAGAAUGAUCUAACAAAUUUUAAUUAUAAUUGUUUGGGUAUUAUAUUAUAUAUAUUAUAUAAAAUGUCAGAAAACUACAAAGUACAGUUGAAUCAAGUAGAACAAGCUAUCGAACAGACAGAGAGUGUUGACCAAUUAAAUGAUCUAUUAUCGUUACGAGAUAGUUUGGUUGAACUUAUAGCACUGACUAGUGAAACUUGUAAAUCAGAGCAAACCACUCAAAAUCCAUUAGAUGAAGAGUAUGCUCUUUUUAAGUCAGAAAUUGAAACUAUUGACGAAACACAAAAUACAAAUUAUGAUGAAGAUGAUACGUCAUCCUGUGAAAUUUUAAAUGUUUCUGAAAACAAAAAAGUGAACCAUGAUAGUCAUUCAUCCAAUACAUUAAUUGAAAUAGAUUCAGAUAGUGAUAAUAUAAGUUCUUGUGAAAUUAUUGAUGACCAUCAUGAAACUAAUGGAAUUGAAAGCGAGUUGGCAAAUUUACAAGGAACCAAGUGUCAAGCUCCAUUUGAAACAGACUAUGAUGAAACAUCAACAUAUCAUAAUGCACUCAUUAUGUCUGUUAAAAUGAAUGAUUCGACAGAUCAACAAUCAUUGGAUGAUAUAUUAGUAACUGUAUUGUAUACAAAUCCAAUAUGCAAACAAAUGCUACCUUGUCAAUUUUUUUUAAGUGGCGAAUGCAAAUAUUCUGAUGAUAGAUGUUAUUUUUCUCACGGAACUCAAGUUCCUUUAUCACGCCUCACAGAGUUUAAAGAACCAGAUUUUAAAAAUUUAAAAAUAGGAAGUCUGGUAUUAGCAAAAUCAUCUGAAGGUGGUCUUUGGUCUAGAGCCAUUGUCUUAGAUAUUACUCAUGGCACAUCAAAUAAUGAUGGAAGUUGUACUGUUAAAUAUGAAACUAAAGGACUUGGAGAAACAGAAGUUCCAAUGCAAAAUAUUUUUCCUUUGAUUGGGAACGAUGAAGAAAUUUACGACUUGUCAUCCGAUAGUGACGAAGAAAGUAAAAUUAAAGAACGCGAUUCAGUAAUAGUUAAUAAAGUGCUAUUAAGUACAGAACCUAUACAAUCACUUGGAAAUUGGGAAAAACACACAAGAGGUAUUGGUUCGAGAUUAAUGGCUAAAAUGGGAUAUAUAAUGGGAGCGGGAUUGGGUAAAAACGGCGAAGGAAGAAUUAACCCUGUUGAAGCUACAGUUUUACCAAAAGGAAAAUCAUUAGAUCACUGCAUGUCUAUAAAGAAUACUGAACAAAUUCAAGAUGCCCGUAAAAAACGGAAACAACAAUUGAGACUUGAAAGAUGUAUGAAAAAAUCUUAUGAGAAAUCAUUAGAAAAGCCUCCAGAUGUUUUUACGUUUCUCAAUAAUGAACUUAAUAUCAAAAACAGUAAUCAAGAUAAAAACGUGAUGGAUCAGAAGAAACUAAAAAGUUCUACAAUACACGACUUGAAUGUUAGAAGUUUAAAAAUAGAAGAAGAUAUAAAACGACAACUAACAAAUAUACAAGAGUUAAAUCAUACAUUAAAUCGAAGUACAUCUGGUUCCAUUCAGCAUAAUAUGGUCAGUCAGAAAUUGAUUGAAGCUAAUAACCAUCUCUCACGCUUGAAAGAUGAAGAUAAGUCUAUAAAAAAAGAACAUACAUAUAGAGAAACUCACAAAAAAAUGACUGUAUUUUAA